AGUCUCUCCUCGAGCAGCUAUCCAUGUCGUUCUAGUCCGCACCGGAAGCGCCAAGCAGGUGGUGAAGUGAAAAUCUAUCAUGGGCCCCAAGACCUUGAACACAAAGAGGUCAGGGUUCCGGCCGGAGCUGAUCAUUCUCCUCCUCCUUGUCGUCGCCGUCCCCCUGAUAGGAUGGCAGAUCUACAGGAAGAUCACGUUCAAGUUCGAGGAGCUGAUGACGGCCCUCACCUCGCACCCCUGCGCCUACGUCCACCGGGACAAGACCGAGUUUGACCUGUCCAAGUUAUCGAAGACGAGGUCCACGUGCAGCUCCUCCGACGCGUCCAGCUGCCUGGACUACCACCUGAGAAGACAGGACUCGGACUUCUACUUCAACGUCUGCAACAACGCCAUGCGCAAGCCGUCCCAGUGCAACGACCUCUUCGGGCGCCAGAACGUCCAGAACGCAAUCGGGUACCAGGUGGGGGAUGGCGUCUGCUACUACAUGGGCCAGCUCAGGACAGGCAGGUGGAGCCUCCUCGACCAGCGGCACCCUGAGGUUGGGCUGAGGCUGCUGUACACGGGAGGGAGCCGAUGCGGAAGGAACAGAGAAAGAUCCACGGAGUUUCACUUUGAGUGCAACAGGAAGGCGGCCAAGGGAGGACCUGUGGCCAUCUUUGGAGACUGCGAGUUUGUGGUGACGUGGGAAACAGAGCUGGCGUGCCCGAUCCGUCAGAUCACUCUCCUUCACUUCCUCCUCCUCCUCAUCGUCGUCGUCAUCCUCUACCUCGCCGUGGGCUUCUGCAUCAAUGUGCGCUACCGCGGGGCCAUCCCCGACUACGACGCCAUUCCCAACAUCCAACAGAUCCGAUGGCUUGGAGCUGUCAUUCUUGCCGUAUCAGCCAAGGUCUUGGAGAUCAUCGGGGAUUAUCUCCCGUGGGCCCGACGGGCUGUCGGUUGGCUCUCGGACAAGGUCGGCCUGGGCUAUGACCUCAUAGCUGAGAGGAUGGGUGGGAGAGGAGCGGGCGAGCAGCGCAAGUCAGCGGGGCAGCGCAGGACCACGGGGAUACUCGACCGAGAGGGCUACGACCAGCUUUGAACCCUCAACUAUCUGAAUGAUCAGCACAGCGGGCAGGCAGGGGGCAGCAUCAAAGUAGUAGAGGGCAUGCCGGUCUGCCUGGUCCGCUUCCUUCUCGUUCUUUAGUCUGCCCCAGGGCACCAGGCGAGAGCUCGAGGGUUUGUAAAUUCAUUUGAUCUCAGUAACUCUUGGAAUGAAAGAAUACAAUAACACUUGAUUGACACUUGAUUUAGAGGAGCAGGAUGACUCUGUUCGACUUGUCCUGUUCAUCCUUGCUGCCACAGAUCGAUAACCUCUGCAAGAAUUGUAUGGCCAACUGGCGAUGCUCCUGCGAGCCUGAGGUACCUCAGUUCGGCUCCGAGUCCACGGCUGACCAGGCCUGGCUCAUGGACCACGGGCUCAGGCUGCCCGACCCCUGGAAGGACUGACCUCCAUGGCCGAUGCCGCGAAGCAUGCCUCCUUGGUCAGUAUCCUUGCUGGGAGACAUUUUGUUUCUUCCCACGGGCAUCAUUCUUGCUUGCUGCUGCAGACUGUUCAUGUUCAUGCUGAAGGUAGCAGCAUCUUCGCUCGGAUGGUUGUAUCCAGCAUCUGCGAUCUCGUCGUCCAGGGGAGUGAACUCGGUACCACCAUCAAGACCAUCAUGACCAGCGGUCGAUCCCAUGUGGCC